CAGAGCCAACAACGAGAACAGAAGAAAAGCGUGGAGAAAAGAAGGAAAAGUGAAACCGCCCCCUCUCACUCUCUCUCGUGCUUAUAUUCCCACAUCACUCACCGAGUUCUAUACUAACAGUGUUUAUUUCUUUUUGGGGGUGGGAUGUCGAUGGGGGGACCGGCGGCGGGAAUAAGGAUGGCGGCGAUGGAGGUGGCUAUGGCGGUCGUAGUGGUGGUUGGGAUGAUGACGAGAGGGGUAGGGGAAGUGACGUGGUGCAUAGCGAGGAGUGCGGCGGGAACAACGGCGCUGCAGACGGCGCUGGACUACGCGUGCGGGUCCGGGGCGGCGGACUGCACGCCGGUGCAGUCCAGCGGCCUCUGCUACCUCCCCAACUCGCUCGCCGCCCACGCCUCCUACGCCUUCAAUAGCUACUACCAGCGCUCCAAGGCCGCCCCCGGCGCCUGCGACUUCGCCGGCACCGCCACCGUCACCAUCACCGACCCCAGUUACGGAUCGUGCACAUACCCUUCUUCUGCAAGCACUGCAGGAGGCUCAACAAGUACACCAAGAACUAAUACUCCCUCCAAUACACCAGCAACAACCUCUAUACCGCCUUCUACACCAAACUUUGGCAGCACUGAUGGUGGUGUUGGUGGGCUGAGUCCUCCAGGGUUUGGCUCAACGGUGCCUAAUGCCGAUACAUCUAUUGCUUCUCCUAUGUGCCCCCAUUUUCUGACCAGUUGCCUUUACUUCAUCUCAUUGCUAAUCUGAUGGAUUAGGUUAGGCUUUUCAAGUGCACAUUAUUGUAUCUGCCACAAUUUUGUUUGAGCACUUUGUGGCAGUUUUUAAUUACGAUGUGCUGAUCUUGCAACUUCCAAAUGUUUGUGAGGAAAGAGAUGGUGGGUGUAGGCACUGGGAUAUGGCAUCCUCUUCUCCAUCUACUGAAAAGUAGGGACCUAAAUCUAAAUGUGCAUCCUUUUCAUUCUUGUAUGUGCUUCAUGGGUUUUAGUUGUA